CGAUAAAUCUGCGGUCACACUGCUUACGGCUCUCGAAUUAAUUUUAAUUUUUUGCCUUAAAGAAUUAAAAUAAAAUAUUAAAAUUUUAUCGAGUAGUGCAGUAGUGCUCAACAAAGUUUGCUCAGUGGUGGUCCAAUUAAUGAAAGUGAUACACAAGAAAAUCGUACAAAGAAAGCUGAACGUGAAGCAAUACGAACACGAAGCAAAGAGGAAACAAAAGUAACAAUGCGUGAGCGAGAUAGCAGUAGGCAAGUGCGUUCGCUAGUGUAGCUCUUCUAACCAAAUAAAACAAAACAAAGGAGAAACAAAGGAUAGAAACCCCGAAAAACUCCACAAGCAGACACACACACACACUCGCAUUUACAAUAAGAAGAAGCAGAUGAUGAUGAAGCAGAGCGACAGAUAAAUUACAACAAGAAUGGAAUCCCUUGGCCGGAAUUAAAUCAAUCCAUAAAUAAAUUAUAUGUGAUCCAGUGUCGAUAGGUAUCCACCGUCCGCCGUAAAAGAGUGAAUGGAAAAAUUCUUCGCUGAAUUAUAAAUGAGUGCCUCUGUGUGUCUUUCGGUGUGUAUGCAAGUGUGAGUGCGUAUGCAUAUGGGGUUGGAAAACUGUGAAAACUCGACGAAUACGGAAGUGAUAAACGCAAAAGACUUGGUCCAGACCACUCAUCGAGAUCUUUUCUAGCAGCAGCAGCAGGAGCAGGAGCAGGUAAAGAAUAUGCCGAGCGCCUCGUUUACCUCGUCACGCACAUACGUGCGCCGCUCGCGACGGAAAGGAGCCAACCGCAUCGCCAUGCCCAACCGUCCCACGGGCAACAUCAUGGAUCCCAUGCUGCAGCAGAACGUUGCCAGUGGAUCAUCGUCAUCAUCGGCCGCCGCCAGCUCCUCCAACAGCACCAGUGCUGGUGCAGGGGCAGGCGGAGGGGCAGCUACUGCUGCUGCUUCUGCUGCAGCAUCUACUUCGGGCUCGUCCGAGUACUUUGACAGCGGACAAGGCACAAGUGGUUCGGGUGGAGGGGGUGGAGCCAGUGGCUCUGGGUUCUCUGGCAACUUUUACAAUGCACUACAGAUGAUGGACACCACGGAGAGUUCGGGCGCCGGUUCCAGUGGCGUUGGCGGUGGUGCCGCUUCGACAUCCUCUAGCUCAACACCGACGGCAGCAGCAGGAUCAGCAGCGCCUGGGGGAUCCUCAUCGAAGUCCACCUGCGCCACAUCUACGUCGGGGUCGAGUUCAGCCGCCACGACGUCCUCCACCGCCGCUGCAGCUGCUGCCGCCGCCUCCAGUCAUCAGUCGCCGUAUGACUUGCGGCGCAAGAUCUCUGCCAGCAGCCACGAGCAAUGGUGCUCCACUGGACCCUCCUCCUCCGCUAUACUCGUCGGGCCAUCCAGUAGUUCACCGCCCCUGGUGAAUCCCAGCUCCUCGCCAUCCAGCUCGUCAUCGUCAUCUUCCACUUCGUCGUCUUCGUCCUCAUCCACUUCUUCGUCGUCCUCAUCCUCCGCCAUCGUGCAGGCGCCCUCUACGAGCGCCACAUUCCCGGUGAACAAUGCCCCCACCACCGGAGCCACUCUCGCCCAGCCACCCAAUGUGCACAGUUCCGUGCCGCAGCAGCACUGCGGCGCCCUGCCAGUCGGCGCCGCCAUUGAGGACAACAACUACAUGCUUCCGGCCAGAAAACGUUCGCGACGCCUGUACACCCAAAGCGGCGAUGCGGGUCCGGCGCCCGCCACAGAGGUAACUGGUGGUGGCACAGCCACAGCAGGCGGCAGCGGCUCCCCCACGGCUGCCCAGUAUCUGCAGUACGAGUUGGCCGAUGAAGUUCUUCUGGCCAUCUUCUCCUAUCUGAUGGAGCAGGACCUCUGCCGCUUGGCGUUGGUGUGCAAGCGUUUCAACACAAUCGCCAACGAUAGCGAGCUGUGGAAGCGACUCUACCAGUCCGUCUUCGAGUACGACUUGCCCCUGUUCAAUCCGGAGCUGUGCAAGUUCGUGUUCGAGAAGCCCGAGGAGUCGGAGUUUGCGAAUCCGUGGAAGGAGAGCUUUCACCAGCUGUACCGAGGUGUGCAUGUGCGCCCCGGCUACCAGGAGAAGCGCUCUUCUGGCCGCAGCAUAGUUUUCUUCAACACCAUCCAGGCGGCCCUGGACUAUCCCGAGGAACGGGCUGCCGCGGGGGGAGUGUUCGUGUCUGGCGCCGGCGCUGGCGCUGGUAAUGUCGUCUCUGCCGGCCUAUCCAAUACCAGUGCCGCUGGUGGCGGUGCUGGUGCCAGUGUCAAUGCUCUGGUCAACAUUUACGAGGAGCCAGUGGCCCCGACGGAGCAUCCCGGACCACUGAUAUUCCUACAUGCUGGCCACUACAAGGCCGAGUAUUUGUUCAUCGACUCCGAUGUGGCACUGGUGGGAGCUGCACCCGGAAAUGUUGCCGAAUCUGUAAUCCUCGAACGGGAGGCCGGCUCCACUGUGAUGUUCGUGGAGGGAGCCAAGUACGCCUACGUGGGAUAUCUCACACUCAAGUUCUCGCCGGAGGUCACGUCAACCGUUUCCCACCACAAGCACUAUUGCCUCGACAUUGGCGAAAACUGCUCUCCCACAGUGGACAAUUGCAUCAUCCGGUCCACCUCUGUGGUGGGCGCUGCCGUCUGCGUCGGCGGCGUCAACGCCAAUCCCGUAAUCCGCAACUGUGACAUCAGCGACUGCGAGAAUGUGGGUCUCUAUGUCACCGACUAUGCCCAGGGCACGUACGAGCACAACGAGAUCAGUAGGAAUGCCUUGGCCGGUAUUUGGGUGAAGAACUUUGCCAGUCCCAUCAUGCGCGAGAAUCACAUACACCAUGGACGCGAUGUGGGCAUAUUCACCUUCGAAAAUGGAAUGGGCUAUUUCGAGAAGAACGAUAUACACAACAAUCGCAUUGCCGGCUUCGAGGUGAAGGCUGGUGCCAAUCCCACCGUGGUCAAGUGUGAGAUUCACCACGGCCAGACGGGGGGCAUCUAUGUGCACGAAAACGGUCUGGGGCAGUUCAUAGAGAACCGCAUUCACUCGAAUAACUUUGCAGGCGUCUGGAUAACCUCCAACAGCAAUCCCACCAUACGCAAGAACGAGAUAUACAACGGCCAUCAGGGCGGUGUGUAUAUCUUUGGCGAGGGUCGUGGCCUGAUCGAGCACAACAAUAUCUAUGGAAACGCCCUGGCCGGCAUCCAAAUACGCACCAACAGCGAUCCUAUAGUGCGCCACAACAAGAUCCAUCAUGGCCAGCAUGGUGGGAUCUAUGUGCACGAGAAGGGCCAGGGCCUGAUAGAGGAGAACGAGGUGUACUCGAAUACGUUGGCUGGUGUCUGGAUAACCACUGGCAGCACUCCAGUCUUGCGGCGCAAUCGAAUCCAUUCGGGCAAACAGGUUGGCGUCUAUUUCUAUGACAACGGUCAUGGCAAGCUGGAGGACAACGACAUCUUCAAUCAUCUGUACUCGGGCGUGCAGAUCCGGACGGGCAGCAAUCCAGUGAUACGCGGAAACAAGAUCUGGGGUGGCCAGAAUGGCGGUGUCCUCGUCUACAACGGUGGUCUGGGGCUGCUGGAGCAGAACGAGAUCUUCGACAAUGCCAUGGCGGGCGUUUGGAUAAAAACCGACUCGAAUCCCACCCUCAAGAGGAACAAGAUCUACGAUGGCAGAGAUGGUGGCAUCUGUAUAUUCAAUGGCGGCAAGGGGAUCCUUGAGGAGAACGACAUUUUCCGGAACACACAAGCCGGUGUGCUGAUCUCAACGCAAUCGCAUCCGAUACUGCGACGCAAUCGGAUAUACGAUGGCCAGGCGGCUGGUGUGGAGAUCACCAACAAUGCCACGGCCACGCUGGAGCACAAUCAGAUAUUCAAGAACAAGUUCGGUGGGCUGUGCCUCGCCAGCGGCGUUCAGCCCAUCACACGCGGCAAUAACAUCUUCAACAAUGAGGAUGAGGUGGAGAAGGCCGUCUCCAGUGGCCAGUGCCUCUACAAAAUCAGCAGCUACACAUCCUUUCCCAUGCACGACUUCUAUCGCUGUCAGACCUGCAACACCACCGACCGGAAUGCCAUCUGUGUCAAUUGCAUCAAGAAUUGUCAUGCAGGCCAUGAUGUCGAGUUCAUACGACACGAUCGCUUCUUCUGCGACUGUGGUGCUGGCACCCUGUCCAACCAGUGUCAGCUGCAGGGUGAGCCCACGCAGGACACAGACACGCUGUACGACUCGGCGGCGCCCAUGGAGUCGCACACGCUGAUGGUCAACUAGGAAGCAGGGCAGUCAGUGUCAGUGUAUCAUCCUCUAAGCUAAGUCUGUAUCUCAUAAGUCGUUAAGCCCCAACCAAGCUCUCAAUUUUCCCGCACAUCUCACAAGUGCUGCUGUAAAUAUUCAGAAAGAAACAAAAGCCAAGACCCCCAAUAAUACAAUUCUUGUUGUAUGUAAAUAAUACUUAAUUAUUCUUUCGUUCGAAAUUUAACUCAAUGUGCAAUUUAGUUUAACACACACGAAUAACUCACUCGCAAAGUUUAUAACUUUUUAAUUGAAAUGAAAUCAUGAAAAGGAAAUCAAAACAAAAAAAAACAAUCGAAAAUCUAAACAAUUCGCAAAGAAAACUGGAAUUUUUCUAUUAAUGUAUGUCACAACGAAGAAAGGAAAAAAGGAGAAACAUUUUUACCACACCACACACAAUAUGCAUUUGUUUUUGUACGACGGAAAAUGUUGUAAACGUAGGGGAGGAAGCAAACGAUUGCAGCGAAGCCCCGUUUGAACCCAGUGAAGAACAAUUUUUGUAAUGUAGAUUAGUAGAGAUUUUAAAUUUACAAAACAAAAAAAAACAAAAAACUAAAAUAAAUUCUAUAUAUUAAGCCAUACCAUAGACGAUCGACGAUUGAGAGAGAGAGAGAUACAUGGGUGUGCGUAUUUGGCCACUGAUUAACAACAAUUCGAAGAAAGCAAUUCUAAGUAUUAACAACAAACUAGAUUAGCGGCAGGCAAUGCUUCAGCAAAACUAACUUAUAUAUAAUUAUAUACAUACAUAUAUCGUACGAGUAUAGUAGACACUCUCCACACACACAGAACACACGAACACACAAUAUAUAGUACAUAUAUACUCGUACGUACACAUAUAAAUCUAUGCGAUAUCUAAAACUAAAACUAAAACUAAACUAGCACUCAGACAAGAUACAAAUCAAAAAGCCUUUACCGUGCGUAAAAUACCAAGCAAUAUUUCAUGUCUCAAUGUUGUAGAUCAAAAUUUGUAGCGCAGAAAACAUAACAUACAAUAGAAACAAAAGCCAUGUGUCAUUUUAGCCAAGUAAGUUCCGAGUAUUCGAAUUAUGCAAAUCACUUAUUAUUUAAGUCUGUAGCCUAAGUGAACAGCAACUACAUACAUAUAUGCAUACGAGAGUAGUAGAGAUGACCCUUUAUCGUUAACAAUUAACCAUUAACCUUUAACCUUUAGCCCUGCGUGUCGUAUUAAGUAUUUUUGUUUUUAUCGCAUAGCCUCCCGUUUCUUGUUUGUAUCCUUGUUUCGUCUGUUCUUGUACUUUGGUUUUAAAUUUGAGUUUCCAUUCGAACAUUGAAUCGAGCCCAAACCCAACCACACAUAAAUGCAUAUACUAUA